AUGUUACGUGAUCUGUUGACAAAAGUAACAAACAUAGUAACUUUUUUUAGACACAGUGAGAGAGCUACAACUGAGUUGUUGUCAUUACAAAGCAAUUUACCAGAAUCAAAGCGUCUUAAACUAAUCCAAGAAGUGAAAACAAGAUGGAAUUCUUGUUUCGAAAUGAUUAAUCGUUUCAUUGUACUUGCCGAUCAUGUUGGCAAGGUACUCCUUCAGGUCAAAAUGGAUAAAUCAUCAAAAGCUAAGCCUCCUAAUAUGAUUACAGGAGAUGAACUCGAAUCCUUAAUUGAAGUUCGCGACAUUUUAAGUCCUCUUUGGCGAGUUACGCAGGAAGUUUGCGCGGAAAAAAAUGUUACAUUAAGUAAAUGUAUCCCUUUGAUUGCUAGUCUUAGGAAAAAAACUGAAAAUUUCAAGCCAGAUACUUUGAUUGGGCGACAAUUGCAAAAAAAACUUACUCAAGAAAUUGAAACUAAAUAUGGGAACAUUGAAUCAGUCAAAUUAUAUGCUUGCGCAACUCUUCUUGACCCCAGGUAUAAAAAGUGCGCUUUCUAUAGCAUCCGAGAGUCUGCUCGUGCAAUCACUAACGUUGGUGAUCUGGUUAGGAUUGAGAGAAAUGUAGCAUCACAGGCAACGGGAUCUUCUGCAAUACUUGACGAUGAUGAAGUUACUACAGCCAUUGAAGCCCAAGUUUCUUCAAAAGAUGGAAAUGAUGAUGAUGAUAUAUGGUCAUAUUUGGAUGAAGCUGUCAACUAUAGUCAUUCUCAAGCAGAUACUGAUGAAGCAGGUGGAUUGCCGAUACAGUUACGUCAGUAUUUAUCUCGCCCAGCUGUUCAACGAAGACAAAACCCUAAUCCACUUGUCGUUUGGGAAUCAAUCAAAUAUGAAUAUCCUCAUUUAUAUAAUGUAGCGAGGAAGUUUCUAUCAAUUGUAGCAACUUCUGUACCCUGCGAAAGAUUGUUUUCUCAUGCUGGCCUGAUUGCUAAUCAAUUAAGAAGUCGUUUAUCGCCUCAGCACUUGAAUCAACUUGUAUUUCUAAGGUCAGUUAGUGAAGAUAUGUGGGAUUCUUAAAUUACAGAUUUUUUAUAUUUUUAUGCCUCAUAGAUACUUAAUUUAAAUAG